CCCACUUUAGUCCUUCGUGUGAGUCCGCCGUGAGCAAAAGGUGAAAAAUUGACCCCCGGAAGCGAGCUCCGCGUUGAUCAGCCAGUUUUGUUGGGACUUUAGCAGCCUUCAAAACGCCAGAAGCCACAUCCCGUUUAGUGAAAACUGUUAAAGGUUGCGCCAAGAGGGCUGCAAUUAUCAACGACAAUGCUGAAGAAUGAGACACAAAAGGGCGGAUGAGUUUUCCUCUGCUCGCUGGUUUGUCAGUAAAUAACAUGGCUGUGCAGUGAAGCAGUGGCAGUAAAGUGCGAGUUGACGGCUGAGAAGCAGUAGUAGCAGAAGAAUACAGGCGAAAAAAAAAUGCUGGUCGAUUUUCAGCCCCCAUCAUCGAGACAGGCGUGAGAGUGUUCGGCAGCACAAUAGAAAGGAUAUCAGUGGGGAUUUUUUUUCGAAAUAAGCAUAUAUUUAGCAGAAAAUUGAGUGAAAUCAAGUGAAACAAUCGAAAUUUUCUGAAAAAAGUCGAGGAGAGGAUAAGUGUGCUUGUGUUGGUGCACGGUCAAAAGUGGAAAGCAAAACGGUUCCAAGGAUACAGUUUACGAGUGUGAAGGAAUUUGCACAGCAUUCUCCGCCCUGGCUUAUGCGUGCCAAUAGAUGUGCUUAACUGCCAACGUCGCACAUCCGAACUCAAACUCCAACGAAAUCAGCAACAGCAGCGAACCGUCGCCGGGUAAUUCUGUCUCCUCCGGUGCCAAAACGUCAUGACCGGAUGCGAGGUAAACUGUAAGGUGGACCCCGGCCAGCCCCAGUAGUUAGUGAUGCUCCCGGCCGUCUACGAUGCUUAUCUCGCCCGUCUCUGUUUCAGGAGUUACGAUGCACGGGCUGAGUCACCUGCAAUCCGGCUCAACCCUGGAGGCACUCACGCAGGCCACUAUCAUUCUCAUCCUAGCGGUCGCCAUCAUCGUAGCCAACCUCAUCGUAGUAGCCACAUAUCUUAACUUUAAGGGUCCGCAUGAGGUCAUAAAUUACUACCUAUUAUCGCUGGCCGUUGCCGAUCUGCUAUGUGGUCUGAUCAUAGUGCCUCUGUACGUUUACCCGGCCUACUAUGGCGACUGGGUGUACGGGAACGUGGUGUGUAUGAUGCUCGGUUAUCUGGAGGUUACGCUCUGGUCCAUUUCGGUGUACACCUUUAUGUGGAUAUCGGUCGAUCGGUAUCUGGCAGUCAGGAAACCGCUGCGCUAUGAAACGAUACAGACUAAAACAAGAUGCCAAUGCUGGAUGGCCUUCACGUGGAUCUCGGCAGCGAUGCUGUGCUGUCCACCAUUGCUCGGCUUUAACAAGGCCUUCUACAAUCCAGAAACCCACAUCUGUAUGCUCGAGUGGGGCAACAUGGCUGCCUAUAGUGCAACGCUGGCAAUCCUGGUCCUGGGGCCGAGUGUAAUCUCGAUCGUCUACAACUAUGGCUACAUCUUCACUAUGAUGCGUAAAGUGCGAUCGGGAGCACCGAUCCAUGAUAAGGAGUACGCCACGGCACUGGCCGAAAAUCUGGCCAACCCGAGCCACUGCAUGUCAUUCGCAUUGGUGUUCUCCUUCUGGGUCUCGUGGGGACCGUACAUCGGGCUGCGGAUCUACGAGCUGGUGAUGGAGGAACGGUACGACAACGCGUUGAUCCAGUUCGGUGCCGUUUGGCUGGGGAUCCUCAACUCGUUCUGGAAGAUCGUGAUCAUGUCCAGCAUGUCGCAGCAGUUCCGGCUGCUGGUGCGGUUACUCUUCCUAACAAUCUGCUGCAAAACCAAGGGCCGACUGCAGGCCGAACUGAUCGGGCUCGAUGUGGACGAUUAAGAGGGUCCGCUGUAGUAGGAUCCGACGCUUUGAUGUCAUUCCCCUGCCUAGCCAGAGAGACAAACAGAAUUCCACCACCGCCGCUCACUAACGUGUUAGACACAUCAUCUUCCGAGAAGAGCAAAGUUAUAAGAAAAUAAAAAAAAAACAAAAGGUAAACGAUAGCAUUACACUAUGUACUACUAUAAAGCAGACAUCUUUUGAACUAAGAGAGCAAGAACUUCAAUUAAAUUGUUGUAAUUUUAACAUAUACUCUAACUAUUAUAAAAGUAAUAAUCAACUCAGCUACAACGUAAGCUACAGACGUGAAGGUCUUAUCAGGGCGAAUUUUGAACGCCGUAGUGAAUCUCAGAACAAUCAUUCUCUUGAAAAAAAAACAAAAAACGAGAAACGUAAUCUUGCAUAACUAGAAUCUUGUUGUGGUAGGAAAGUACGAUUCACCAUUGACAAGCGUAACCAUUGCUCAUCAUUGAUUCGAGAAUUAUUCUUUUAUGUUUGUUGCAAAUUAUCGGAUAGUUGAAUAAAAAUAUACUUGUAUUAUUUUCUUGCUAAAAACUAUGGGUUUAAAAUAAUAUUUAAUUUUUAUUUUGGCAUUGGCCAGUUUGAAGUUUCCUAUCGCCAACGUUCAAUGUUGGUGACAAACAAAACUAGUAGAAUCUCGAAUCAAACAACAGUUGCUGUUUUACUACAAUUUCACGGAUUUGGAAAUCCACAGCAAUGUCACAUUCGCAAAAAUCAACACGCAGAAAAAAAACAAACGAAAACAAUAUUCAACAACUAGAACAACAAUUUCAGGGCUUAAACAGAGCUAAGACAACGCGAAAACAGCAGUAAUAAGAUGUGAAUGAACUUGCACGUAAUUUGACGGAAUCAUUAAUUCUAGUAUUCAAAUGAGUGAGAAUUAAAUCCCAACUAGAAUAAACGCGACGAGUAAAUGCAUCAGCGAAGACUAACUCGUUCAUUACCUACGUACGCAUUUCACAGUUUGUAAUUGUAGAACAUAUUUGAAGAGAGAGAGAUAGAAAUAAACACAGUAAAAGUCAGCUUCUGUGGUCACCGAUGAACGAACAAGCUUCAAUCAUUUUAUACACAUGAAAAAUUAUUUGUAAUCUUGUAAAUUAAUAAGAACUAUAGGUAAAAUCAUAAACAACACAAAUGACGGUCGUUGGGAGAUUUAUUGAGUAAUAAAUAGGGUGCGGAAGGUGUUAUUCUGCUUGAGCGUGUAAAUAUUUCACUGAAAUUUCGCAGGAAGUAAGUGAAAUUCCUAACCAAAAUUUGUUCAGCGGUAGCAAUUUUUGUUUGAAGCGAAUAAGUGACGAAAGAUUCGAGUAAAAAUUUUCCUAUGAAAAAACAGAUUUGCACUGUAAAUAAAUACAAAGUUAAUAUGUUAAUUUAAACCGAGUAAAAAAAUGCGCAAAGUUAUGUCGAAAAUGCACACGAGCACAAGAAGGGAGACGAUCUUUGCACAAUCGAUGCACAAGGGGGAAAAAUGUACCAAAAACGCGAUUUUUUUUGAAAAGGCUGAAUGACGUUCACCAGGAAAAGCGUUUUUUAUCAUGAAAGGUAUGAAAAAUUGAUUGCUAGUAUUUACAAUGACCGUACGGUUGUAAGUAGGGGUUUUGUUCACAACUCGGGUUCUUGUUUGCCUGGCGGACCCUUCUCUUCAGGGCGGCCUAGGUGCUUCUACUAAGACUUUCGGAUUUUCGUAAGUCAACAAAAGAGGUAAACAAAUAAAAUCAAUUACAAUUUACCGACUUUAUUGUCAUCCAACUCUCCACUUCACUGCUGCUGCUGCUGUGACUCACUGUUGUGGGGGGAAAGGCAGGUGGUUUCUUCCGACCGGCCGGGACUGCAACGGUUGAGUUCUCCCGAAAUGUCGUUGGCUGCUCCGGCAGCGGUCCUUGGCUUUUAGCUAUGGAGGUGAGCUUUGCUCCUUUGUUGUAACAUCCCUAGCGACGUUUGCGACGAAUCACGGGAUCUUCUACUCGCCGUAAACGAUCCCGGAAGUCACCGCAGUGAAUUUCCCAGGGGGAACUUUUGUCCGCCCUGCUUCGUUCUCCUUGACGAUUAGCUGUAGAGGAGAGCUUGACUCGUUUGACUUAUCAUAUAUCCGGUGAUUCGAUUCCUUAAUGUUUAGCCGGGGUAGCGAAAACACUCCUUGACGUUUAGCUUACCAAUGGCGAAUCGACACCGCUUUUACGUGUGCCCGAACCACGGGCCGGCACUCUUCAACGAAUUUAACUGACCAUCACACGCGUGAACUUUACUUCACUGCAAUUGUGGCGGAAAACUGUCCCGAAAAGGAUUUAAUAAUUCGGGCGUCUGACAACAACCGUGGUUCGUCACUUUCUAAAAAAAACUCGAUGGCCGCCUUCCUCACGACACGAAAAAACAAACACCAACACCAAAGAAACCGUACCGCCGCAUAACUGUCAUCGCUAUGUGUAGCAUAUCCAGCACACUUACUGCAACAAGAGGAAAGCGGUGGCCUAACUAAACCCUAUGUUACGUAUAUACAAAUAUUUAAAAAAAUUACUACACCUAUCUGAUCUAACAAAAACGUUAACAAACAAAACUAUAAACAAAAUUUAACGUAAAAAUCGAACGAUCAUAUGGAAGUGGUGGUGAGCAACACUACGUAAACAAUACACUCUACGGAGAGAGUACGCACAAAUAGGUAUAUUUCCACCAGUGCUAAAUUGUUACCCUGACGGGUUACACAGUACGUUAUCAUGCCCGUUUUUCCCCAAUUCCCUUUUUCGUUUGAAGUCAUUUUCAAGACUGAAUAUAUAACGAUGAAGAAAGUUGAAUACGGCUGACCAAAAUUGGUAUUUCUUAUGUAAAAAAGUCCUUUAUACCCCAUUUCUUUGCACAACUGGUCGGUGUUAGGUCAGAACAGCGUUUAAAGUUUGAAUCGCAGCAUCCUUUACAUUAUAAUAGGAAAAUAAUUUUUACCAUAAUUCUUGUUUAUUGUUUCAUAUUUCAAAUCUGGUAAAAGUAGAAUGUAAACAAGGAAAUUCUUUAUUCAGUGCUAUCAUUAACUCAUUUUUUGAUGUUUUGCGACUUGGUCCGGUCUGACUUAACACCGACCAACUAAACUAAAGAUUGAAGUUAAUCCUGGCUUUACAUUUCGCCAGAAGGCUAUAUGCGGCUGAUCAAAAGUGGUAAUUCUUAUGUAUAAAAGUCCAGGUUAUCAUUUGAAUAUAAAGGGUGUUUCACAUCCAAUUGCCCCACAAAAAAAUGCCGUGGAAAAUUACCUAGCGGGCCGAUCCUUUUCAAACUUACAGAUAUUAAAAUAUAACCCAUUAAUAAGAUUGUGACAUAUUUAUUUCAUUCAACUUCAGUACCAUAACCGCACGCUCGCAUCUAACGGUUAACACCACUUAUUAGGUUCUGUGCAACAUCCGGCUGCAGCUUCUUCUGUAUGGGGACCUCCUUGGGAUGCUUCCGUGGAGCCUGCUUCAUAAUUGCCCAGUAUUUUUCGAUGGGCCUUAAUUCCGGUGCGUUGGAGGUGGGAAGGGGAGGAUUCAUGUCCUUUGAUAAUAAAGUGACCCUGUUGUUUGUACGGAUGCAGUCCCACCCGGUCCUUGGCUCUCUGACCGUAAGACUUGGACAGAUUCAACCUUUUGGCCGCAUCCCUGACCGAAGCAUUAGAAUUCCGCUCAAACGCAUUUACUACACGUUUGUGAUCCUGAUCACUAAUAGAACAGCUUUCCAAAUGCUUGCGCAAAAUUCAUUUACAACGUUGCUUUUCGGGCGACGUUAUUUUUUCCAACUUUAGAAAAAACCGACUGCGGUAAAAAUACAGUAAAAACUCUCUAAACUACUUCUACCCAAAUUUCCAAGAUAAAUUGCACAAUGAGUUAUUUUCUACAGCAUUUUAUCCGCGAUACAAUUUGACGUGGGACACUCUUUAGUUAGAUUGACCGGCCUUAACGUGUGUGCCCGUUUUACCCCAAUUCCUCACAUAAGUUAAGUGUAAAGUUAAACCUGGCUCUACAUUUCAGAAACAGGCUGAAUGCGGGUGAUGAAAAGUAACAAUUCGUAUGUAAAAAUAGCAGGAAAUCGAUUGAAGAUAGUUGUAAUGACCGCUCGAGACGUGUAGACCCAUUCUACCCCAAUUCUUCGCAUAAUGAAUGUAUGUUAUACCUUGCUCAUCAUUUCAAAAAGAGGCUGAAAGUGGCUCACCAAAAUAGUUUUUCUUGUAUAAAACAGUUCAGAGAAUCGACUGAGCAUACUUGGAAUGAUUGCCCGAAACGUGUUUACCCGUUUUACCCCAAUUCUUUCCUUCAUAAAAGUGUGAAAUUACACUUACCCCACAGAUCAGAAAGAGGCUAAAAUAAGCUGAUUAAAAGUAAUUUUAAUGUUGAAUAGUCCAGGCAAUCAAAUGAAGGUAACUAGAAUGUCCGCACGAAACAAGUGUACCCGUUUUACCCUAAGUAGCUCGAAUAACCUAAGUGUAAAGAUAAACCUGGCUGUUCUUCUCAGAAACAGGUUUGUUAUCACUUCAGAUAUAAGAAGAAUUGGAGUAAAACGGAUACAAAAGUUUUGUGCGGUCCUUCUAAUUAUCUUCAAUUGACUCCCAGCAUUUUUUUAACUUAAAACUAACUACUUUGGAUGAGCCGUAUUCGACUUCUAUCCUAAAACCUGGUUAAACUUCAAUCUUGAUCUAUAGAAAAAAAUACGAGGUAAAACGGGUUCACAUAUUCCAUGCGGAGAUACUGACCAUCUAUAAUCGAUUCCCAGGACUGUAUUCAGAAUCUUGCCGAAAUAUAAUACAUGUUUAAUUUUCCUCUUGAGCUUGGAAAAAAUCAGGGUAACACGGGUUCCCACUUUCCGUGCGGUCAUUCUAUCUAUCUUCACUCGAUUCCUUGAACUUUUUUGCAUAAGAAACAUUAUUUUGAUCAGCGGCAUUAAGUCUGCUUCCGAGAUGUUGAGUAAAGUUAAACUAAAAACCCAACAUUUGGAGGGAAUUGGGGUAGAACGGAUUAAAUCGUUUUAUGGCGACAAUCAUACCAUCUUCUAUAGAAUUUUUGGAUUUUUUUGCAUAACGAACACUAAAUAUGGUAGCUCGUGUUCAGUUUCUUUCCAAGUUAUAUAGCCAGUAAUAGAAAUAAAAACUCACAAAAAGGGGAAUUUGGGCAACUUUACGGUCAUUUCAAAUACAUGUAAUCGAUUCCCCAGACAUUUUUACAUAAGGAGUGCACAUAUUCGAUAAACGCACGCUGUUGAAUAAAGUCGCAUUUUUGAUACUUUUUUCGUACUGUGCAAUGCUUUUCCUUCAAUUAGUGUUAUUUAUGUAGAGUUUACGUGAAUCUUUAUUGCUACAAACGAUAAUUUUUCAAGGUUCGUCUAUUUCUUUUCAAAAUAUCUUUUUUCUGAUUCUCGCAAAUCAGAGAACCUGAUUCAGUUGGAAACGAAAAGUACACUUUCAAUGCUCCAUCGAGUGAUGCAAAGAAACCAAAGUUGCAGCGACUUUAUACAAUUUAAUUGAUCGAAGUACCAAUGAAAAAUAACAUCUCUGUAAUUAAUAAUAGUCUAGCGGAUUCGAUUAAACGUAAUUCUUCGAGAUAAAAUACUAUGAACCGUAACGAAAUUGAUUAGCAACUCAUUUUGCUUGCAUUAUUAUACUCGAUUUUCUAAGGAAGCUCCUAACCAAGAGUCGAAUGAUACCUUCAAAACAUAAAAAUCACCAGGAGCACUACAUGGAUCCGAAAGUGUUUCAAGGUUUAUUGGUUUGUCUAUUUAAUAACGAUCAAAAUUAUUGGAAAUUAUGAAAUAAAUAUUAUAUCUAAAAUCAAUUCAAUUUGACAUAAGCAAAAACUUUCAGUACUAAAUAAAGCUGUAAAAUCUCGUUCGUCCGAACAUUUUGUUCAUUUAUGCACUAGGUACUUGCAGUCCUUCAUUCGCACAUACGUUUCCACAUGGCCUACAUGUAAGACCCAGCAACAGGAAAAAAAAAUUAACUUACUACCCUGGUAAACAUUGCUCGACACCGAUCCAGAAUAAACUGAACCCGAAAACAUUAUAGGCAUUCAGUAGCGUCUUGCGCUAAGACCCACAUUUACCUAGCUGCUUAUGUGGGACAACAAUUGUGCACUAGUGAAUAUGGGCCUUAUCACAAAAAGGCGGCACUGAAACUUUCCACUAAUAUGUAUAUCAAAUCGCCUGUUUUCGAAGAUAAUGCUUCUUGCCGUGCGACACUGUAACAAAACUUGAUAGCGAAAAGCAGUAAAAAUAUUGUAUUCUCACACGUGAAAAAACAUAACAAAUGGAUGUCAAAAAAACCUGUUCUCAGAGAAAAUGUCAUUUACACCAAGUAAUGAACUCGAAUUAUUACAUAUUUAUCGAAACAAAAACUAUUUAGCUCGUAGAAGCAGAUCAGAAAUGAAACUCUUUGGUGUUUUCAACUAUUAACUAAAAAUCACGUAGACGAACGCUGGAAGGUAUUUAAACAUUUCCAUCAAACAAAAAAAUCACGGAAAGUACCCUGCUUGUAGUGACGCAAUGGUGCAAACCAUACAACAGCAAAAGUUAGCUUAAGCUAAUAGAAAAGUUUUCUAAUCGAAAUAUACGAUCACCCACUUCCCAGUAAAAGUAGUUCUCGAACCCAGUCAUUGCGUGUUGGAUUAAAGCCGGAGCAUGACAGAUGACACAAUUAAUACCAGAGCAGAGCCGACAGAGUUGUGACUUUUCACUACUAGUCAUGUUGACUUAUUUUUUUAUUUUUGAAAGUAGGCAAAUUGUUGAGUUUCUAUUCGUUAUAGUAAACUGAGUGAAUGAUGGAACAUUUUGUAUUCGUAGUAGGCUGUGCAGACUAGGUUGUGGGGCUGUAUUAAUUAUAAACAAAAAUGAAAACCAGAUCCAUAUUAGUAGUCGGGAAAACGAAUAAUGCUCUUUGUGGUAGAGCAGGCAUCCCCGGUAACCAAUAAAAAUCCUGCCUAGUUCACAAAAGUGGCUGGCAGUUGUUGUUUUCGUUGAUUUGUUAACUCGGUAAAUUUAAUUUUCACAUCACGUGAAAACGACUCACUGAUUAUCUUGUGCAAACAGCAGAUUAGAAACAUAAAUAGUAAGGAUUAUUCGUAACCAGCAGAAAAAGAAGCAAGCAAACACUUGUAGUACCGAAGGGAAAAGUAUAGCAGAACAAAGCAAAAAGCAAACAUUCUUAUAUAUAGUCGAAAUUUAAUGGUGGUCGAAGGGUAAUGCGAAAAGUAAAUCGUACACAAUUUGUAGAAGCUUCCAAAUUUUCAAUUACAACAAAAACAUGUCAGCAAUUUGACAAGCAGAUGAAACGUUUAUAAACAAACAUGAAAAAGAAAGAAGAGGCGUAAAUGUGCCCAGUUACUGUGCUACUAAAAGGUAAUCCCGAAACUGCAAGGAAAAAAACAAAGCUACAAAUAACGUACAGAAAAGCAAAUACUUGUAAGUCCUGUUUUAUUUAUGAUAGAAUAAAUUGAAAAUAAAUUAUUA